AUGACAACACAGUAUACGAUUCACACGUCGACGUUAUUCGACCCGAAAAAGAAGGAAUUUUUGAAAAAUGUGUCGGUGACAGUUGACUCAAAGUCAGGGCUGGUAGUUGAUGUCUACGAAAGGAAAGAAUCAGACUGCCUGGGAGAGGAUGUGCCUAAAGGUGAUGUCGAUCUCAGAGGCAAGGUGGUGAUGCCAGGCCUUGUCGAUGCGCACACCCAUAUCUUCCUUCAUUCCUACGAUGAGCGCGCAUCUUUAAUUCAAAAAAGGGACGAAAGUAUUCCUGAGCGAAUUAUUCGCGCAACUCAUCAUGUGCGUACAGCACUACUUGCAGGAUGCACUACCUACCGCGAUCUAAGUUCAGAGUCGAUGGGAGAAAUGGAUGCUCAGAUCCGCGAUUGCAUCAACCGAGGCCUCAUCCCUGGACCACGUCUCUACGUUGCGACUCGGGCACUCGCCAGCACAGGGUCUUAUGAAAUGCGCACGGAAAACCACGCCAAUGGCGUCUGCUACCCACGAGGAGGCGAAGCCGUGGAUGGUGUCGACGAGAUCCGGACGGCCGUGAGGCGUCGCAUUGCUGCUGGUGCCGAUGUCAUCAAGUUUUUCGCCGAUUACAGACGAAGAAUUAUGCGCUACCCACCUGCACAGCAACAUCCUUAUAUUCCCAGUCCUACACAUCCGCCGAAAGAUCCCAACCCUGAUUAUCUCGUCUUCCACCAAGAAGAGGUCGAUGCGCUAGUCAAGGAGGCCGACUUGGCGCAAAUUCCGGUCGUAUGUCACGCAGGCACCAUUGAGGGAGCGCAGAUGGCCAUCAAAGCAGGUGUCAUCUCUAUCGAGCACGCGUACUUCGCAAAUGAGGAGAUCUUCAAGCAAAUGAUCGAGAAGGGCACCAUCUUCGUCCCAACCCUAGCCGUCUGCGAGCGGGUGCAUGCGAAGCGGUUCGACGAGAUCAUGGAACAAUCCAAAAUGGCAUAUAAACUAGGCGUACGAUUCGCAGCAGGCGGAGACACUGGAACAUACCCGCACGGCCAGUCGACCCGAGAGCUGGAGCUUCUCCGAGAGGUAGGGCUUUCCUGGGAAGAGGUUCUCGAAGCCUGCACGGUGGGAGGGUGGGAAGCAUGUGGUGGAGACCUUUGCGGGAUGCGCUUCGGCUGGUUUGAAAAGGGAAACCGCGCAGAUAUUAUUGCUGUUCGUGAAGAUCCUCGCGAGAACCCAAAGGCUCUCAGGCGCGUCGACUUUGUCAUGAAGGAUGGUGUCAUCUGGAAACGUGAUGGCAAGGCCGUCGGCAUGGUUACUGAUGACCAUGAGUGGGAUCGGUAG